AUGAGAAAGAUGGUGCGAAACAGCGUACAACAAAGCGACAAAGCUCCUCAGGCAAAGGCAUGGCGAAAGUUGGCGGCUCCCAUACCGGGCGCACGGCAAGUCGUUACUCAGACGACUAAGAAUACGAGCACUUGCCUGAUAGCGACGACUCCCUUAGUGGCGAAAUUGUGGAGCCUGCGAGAGGAUGUGCCAGCACGCCAAGCUCCAAAGAAGGAACGAUCUCGUGGUUUGGCCGCACGACCCCCGGCCAGCCAGGAUGACUUUACAAUCAGAAACACACUCGGGGGUCGAACAAUGGAGUUCGAGCAACAAGCGAGAUCCACCGAUAAUGCAUACAAAGCAGGAGUCGAUGAUGGGGUGACAGUUGUACUCAACAAAGCUACAUUGCCUGUUCAUGUCAAUAUCUUCGUCGUUGGACACCACGGGGAGGAUCGCCUGCUGUUCGAGGUGGAUACUCUUCAGUGCAUGGAUUGUGGUGACGACAUAGAUGCCGAGGGUAUGGACGAUCGGGUAAAAGUCGAGGAGGAUAGUGAUGGAGCUAUUGAGAUCAUGGAUCGCCUCCUUCUCGCUCCGACACGAAUGGUCCCGUUUCCUACAGGAGCUAUAGCAAAUGGCCCAAGCUCUCUGAGAGUUCGUCGGAGGUCAAACGGUCUCAGAUGUCAUUCCGCCGUUAACCCAGCACACCGGGAUUCCACCCAGCAACAAAGGGUCGACGCCCUGUACAUUGUAUACUCCUCAGGGCGUCCUGUAAAACCCAUCGACAAGGCUGCCCAAGUUAACCACUUUAAGAAUAUCUUGGGUCUCGAAUCCUUCAUUGUUGGUCAGCUGUCAGAGGAGCAGAUCGUUAAUCCCCUGGACAUUGCCCACUGGGACGAUACUCAAUCAACCGACUACAUGUGUAAAAAGGGCCAAGACGUGACGUCAGGAACAUCCAUCAACCAUCCCCUUCAAUAUGCAUCCCUCUUUCUCCAUAAACUUCCGCCUGCAGCCUGAUCAAACGAACACACAACUUCUGCAUUUCCAACGUAUCGCAAGCAUUCCCGAGCAUAAUCCUCAGCGUAAGACGGAAAGAGUGAAUCAUGCCACUUGUAACUGAGCCAUUGACCGGCACGAAAAAUGCACGUCUCGUAGAAUUACAUUGUUUUGCAUUAUUAGCCUAGUACCGUCGUCAAAGCAUAAUCGUAAGACUCGGCGCAUUGUGCAAAUAGUGAAUCGUUCAUCCCUGGUCGUAUUAUAUAUAAUGCGAAAGAAAUUUCAACUUUCU